AUGAACUGUCUUAGGGGCAACCGUGAGCAUUGGGUCGUGUCUACUGUAUCGCUAGCAGCGAUUUCUGCGGCAUUUGCGGUAAGUUUGGCGCGACGACGCCGGGAAGCUCGCGCAGCGCCGCAGUCGUUGGAUCAGCCGUUGCACCAGGCAACCCACCGGGACACGACGCAGGGAGAAGAACAUGAGCAAGACCAUGUUGCGGGUGAGGAGACCGAUGAUUCAUCUGCUGCUUCUACUGCGGUGGUGGAGAGCAUGCACGACGCCGUUCCGUCGAGGGAACAAGUCCAGCUCGGAGUCAAGAACCACGCUGUGGCUCUACUUGCUGAUAGAGUUCUAGGUGUGCUCUGCAGCGCUGUUAUGUUUUACCUCGGCACAAAGCAGCACUUGUGCGCGGCUGUACUGGUGCUCGCCAUGACGAUCGUGUUCCAACUGAAAGCCACCGAGAGAACUGCUGGGAAUAACCCGGCACCGUCAACUGGAUCGAAGCUCGAGAUACUACGAAGCCUGGAUCGAGAUGCACUGAGCGAACUGAUGCGCGAGGAUCUGCCUCGGUGGGUCAAGUUCCCGGACGUGGAGAAGUGCGAGUGGCUUAAUCUCGUCGUUGCCAAGAUGUGGCCGUACGUGAAGGUGGUUGUCGCACGAUCUAUGAAAGAAGCGCUAGUUGCGGAGCUGGAGCUCGUUAAGCCGACAGUAGGGAUGACGGAGGUCGGUAUUCGCAGCCUCAAUUUCGGAACUGCUGCUCCCAAAAUCAACGGGAUCAAGUGCUUGGAGGGGACGAGCGACGACCCCACUAUCGACUUCCAGCUGAAAACGCUGCACCUCAACAUCAUGGACCUGCCAGCACUGUCGCCAAUACUACACAAGGCCAUCAACUCGGCCAUGGAGAGGCGUUGCUUGUGGCCCAACAAAGUAUUGAUCCCACUUGUUGACGAUCUCAACAUUCUGGAAAUGAACGCGAUGACUGCGAAUCACCCUCUCGGCAUACUCGCAAUUCGUGAACUGAAGGUGAGAAGUGUAUGUCCAUCAAGGACGCUCUCGUGGUGGUCUGGGAUCUUCAGCUUCCGUGUAAACAUUAGUGUGGGCAAGGAAAGCACAACCUCGGAAACUGUUCGCGGUCAGAGCUCUUUCGACUUUAGUGAAGAAGCGUACAAGCUUUUGGUGCUUGAUCCUCAAACCCAGGAUCUGAGCAUAUCUCUUGAAAGCAGUGAAGCCCUGCAGCCCCGAAAGCGCAUUGAUACCGCGUGGGUUCAUCUGGGGCACCUAAAACCGCGAGUCGGAUGUAAUGAGCACGUAUCGUUCGGGUGUGACAGUGAUCGCCUAGCAGAGUUGGAGCUGUUUUGGUACCCGUUUACUCGACGCGGGAGUUCGGUUCAGGAUGUCGACGAAGCAGCGCUCCCCGACGAUGUCACUCACGUGGGAGCGAUUAUCAUCAAACUGUUGCGUGGCACCAGCGACCCGUAUGUCGUGUUCCGCGUGGGCUGUCGCCGCCAGCAGAGCUCGGUCAAGCGCCACACGCUGAAUCCGAUUUGGGACCCACCCGAGUGCGUUGAGCUGCUGGUGAACGACUACCAGCAUGCCGAGCUGUCGGUCGUGAUCAUGGACAGCGACCUGCUAAAGACCGAGGACACUAUCGGCCGCAUCCAAAUUGCUUUGGAGCCCGUGCGACGCGCGCUUCAGUAUUCGGGCACUUGGCUACUCGAAGGCAACUGCGACUCCGUCACGCUCGAGAUGGAGUGGCGUGGCUUCUAG